AGUUGUGAGUGUCAGUCAGUGUGUAUGAUCACACUGAUCUGAAAGGCUUCUCGUGUCUGCAGAGAGAAUGAUAACUUCCGAAACAUUUAAUUUGGUUCUUCAGUAAUUGAGGGGGAAAGUCUUUUGUCCUUUAGGGAUGUAUCGUCGUCUUUUCGUGGUUGCCAGUCUGCUGUCAUCCUAUAUGGGUGGAUCCCCUGCUCAGGAUCAGCCAGUGCACGUUCUUGCCUUUGCUGGUGGAGAUGUUAUUCUACCGUGCAGUUUCAAUAUCUCUGACAAGGAAGACUUUCCGACUGUUGAGUGGUCCAAGGAAGGCUUGAAGCCAGAUGUUGUCUUCUUGUACCGGGAUGGCUGUGAGGCCUACGAGAUGAAGAAUCCAGUCUUCGAAUACAGGACAAGCCUCAUCAUGAAAGAGCUCAAAGAUGGAAACAUCUCAUUACGGAUCUCCAAUGUGCAGGUGCCUGAUACUGGAAAGUACCAGUGCCUCGUAUUCCAGAAAAAUGUCGCCAGGAAGGUUUCAACAGUGGAGCUGUUUGUGGUGGCUGUUUCUGAGCCAAGGCUUUCAGUGAUUUCAGCGGAGGGUGAUGCCAUAACUUUGCAUUGUGAAGCAAACUGCUGGCUGCCAGAGCCUCAGGUAACAUUUCUGGAUGACAAUGGAAAGAACAUCUAUGGGGAAAACCCCAAAGGACAACAAGAUGCCCGUGGAUGUUUCACUGUGACACAAAGAGUCACUCUGCAAAGAGCUACCAGCAGUGUCACCUGCAGAGUUCAUCAACCAGAGUUUAACCAGACCAGGGAAACAAAGAUCCUCAUACCAGGUGUCUGCAUGAAGUCUGAUCCUCACACUAUCGCCAUCACCAUUGGAGGAACAGCACUGUUUUUCUUAGUUGCAGCUGGAUUCGUUGCCCUUUCAUGCAUAAAAUGCUUCAGAUUUGCUAUUGUAAAGCAGCCAGUGAACAGAAAGACAUCAAAUCAAAGCCUCAUCCACCCGACAAGAGUUAACAGCACAGACAGCUCGGUAAAUGGCAGCAUUGGACAGAUGAAAAGACAGUCUGGGUUUCUUAUCGAAGAUGAGACCCAAAAACUAGAGGACAGCAAUGUUGUUUCCUACAACGGUGAACAUGCUGCACAUGGUAAACAGAGGCAGGUUCUAGCAUUUGCUGGCGGAGAUGUUAUUCUACCAUGCAACUUCAGGAUCUCUGACAGCACUGACUUUCCGACUGUUGAGUGGUCCAAAGAAGGUCUGAACCCAGAUGUGGUCUUCCUGUAUCGGGAUGGCUGUGAGACCUACGAAAUAAAGAAUCCAAUCUUUGAGUACAGGACAAGCUUGAUCAUGAAAGAACUGAAAGAUGGAAACAUCUCAUUAAGGAUCUCCAAUGUGAAAAUGUCUGAUGCAGGGAAGUACAAAUGCCUCAAGCUCUGGAAGAAUGCUCCUCGGGAGGUCACAGAAGUGGAGCUUGUUGUUGGUACGUCCUCUCAAGUUCAAUUAAUAACCAAAGCUAGGAAUGCUGCACAGGCCUUGGACCUUGUCUAG